AUGGACACAGCAAAAGAAAUCGUUUCCCACAUAAAGUUUUCCCCAAAACGAGAAAAUCUCCUGGGGGAAAUAAAAGAAAACCUAGAAGGCCCUGAAUCUGAAGCCAAGGGCAUACUUGGCCUUUGCCCCACUAGAUGGACAGUACGCGCAAGCUGUUUUCAGCGAAUCCUAGACAAUUAUGCAGCUCUUCUUCAGGAGUGGACAAUUUCCCUUGAUGAGAAACUCCAGUCCGAUAUACGUGGAAGGAUCAUUGGAUGCCAAGCGCAAAUGAACACUUUUGACUUCUUUUUCGGGUUGAAUUUAGGACAGCGGCUGUUUUCUCACACAGAUAACUUAUCAAGAACCUUACAGUAA